AAAAUUUAAACUCUACCCUAAUUUGAUUUUAGUUUCCAUCUAUUGCCACCCAAACACACCCUGCUUUUUUAUUUUCAACUUAUUUUAAUUUUCAGAAAACCGCCUCUUCUGCAGUUCAAAAUAAUUCUUUUGCGCUCUCUCUCUCUCACACACAUACGCGCACACACACUACUAUCUUUUGCAUUGCUCACAGCCUCUCACUCGAAAUUGCGAAUCAGGAUCUUGAAGGAACUACGCAGACGAAGAUCGAGAUCCGAUUUUGCGAUUAAUCGGAGAAAAUUGAGAUGGAGGGGUGCCAAAAUAUUGAUCUCGAAAUCGAAGGCCAUGCUCUCAUAGACGAUAAUCAGUUUUCAGAAAACCAGGCAGGAUUCAGUAAUUGUGAGUUGGCAGGAGGACUGAGUUCUGAUAAAGACUUUGAUAUUAGUCUCGGCAUGGAUGCGGAUGACCGAUUGCCCGAACUGAAUGAAUCAAUCGAGCCUCAAAGAAACCAAAAAAAUGGAAGAUAUAAUUUACGUAAAAGUCUAGCAUGGGACAGUGCAUUCUUCACUAGUGCAGGUGUACUAGAUGCAGAAGAAUUGUCAAGCAUGAUUACUGGAUCUGAAAAGAGCGAAAAGCACUUAUUACCUGGAAUUCAAGAAGACAUUACAGAGUCAACUGAGUCAAUCUCUACUCUUGGAAGUGAUAAUUUAACCCUGGAAACUUUUGAUGAUGACUUGUUUGUAGACAUCAGAGCUUCCAUCCAAAGAUCCAGUAAAAAGAAAUCCAAUUUCACAAACUCAAGCAUUAAUACAGCAGCUAUGGGGUUAGACAGCACAUCCAUUUCAUCUCUGAAGAAGGAAGAUGCUGUUUCCCAAAAUAAGAAUCCGAAACCGGGUCUAAAUAAAACCAGCAAUCUGCAAACUCUUCGGACAUCAAAAUGUCAGCCUAAACAAAAUAUUGGGAAGCUAGAAUCAGGGAAAGCAUCCAAGCAGGAUUCUGGUCAUUCACAGAUGAAAUCUAUUGCUAAGGUUGGAGAGACAAAAUCGAUACUUCCUAAGGCACCCAAAACUGCUACUAGCAGCUCUAUCUCAUCUUCCCCAACAGCAGCAAAACGGGAUUCCAUGGCUGGACGUGUCAAAUCUGAAUAUGGAAGCACAAAAUCUGCAACUGUUUCCAGUAAAGGGACUCAGCCACCAAAAGUAUCUGUUUUAAGUGGUACUAGAAAGGCGCUGCCAAAGCCUGCAAUGUCACCAAAGUGUUCUAUGUUGGGUUCUUCAACUACAAGUAGAGUGCUCUCAACGAGGUCCUCUACAUCUAGUGACAGUUCUAGUAAUAUGUCUUCUGGAACCCCUGCUAAAUCUACACUUACAGCAAGAAGAAAUCCAGGCAAAAUUGGCAAUGUUAGUAAUGGUCCCUCCGGUUCGAUUCCUAAAACUCCAUCCAGAGGUGCAGUGAAGAAUAAAUUGCCAUCAUCUGGUCUUUCAGCUUAUCUGACGUCUGCUAAGAUAUCCUCAAGCGUCUCACCUGCUAGUUCAAUUAGUGAGUGGUCUUCAGUAUCGUCUUCAUCAUCUUCAAUGAUCAACCAGAGAUCUAAUAACUCGAGGACCAGUUUAGAUACCAGUUCAUGUAGGUCUAUGGAUGGUGAUAUUGUUCGUUUGGAUCCAAAAAUCCAUUCAACUGAUCGAACAGCCAAUGGACACGGAAAUCAGGGAGUCGUUUUACCAAGUAACAAUUUAAAGAAAUCCUCAGCACAAACUGGUAUCCUUCACCCUCCUACGAAACCAUCAGGUCUACGAUUGCCAUCCCCAAAAAUUGGGUUCUUUGAUGGGGUGAAGUCAUCUGGUCGCACUCCUAAUGGACAACAGCAGUCUCAAUCUGGCUUGCCUCCCAAGAACAGUGCUGCUGCAUCCAUUCAAAAUCGAAACUCAAACAGCAAACUGAAGAGUGCUAAGGUUCCAACAGCUAGAAUGGUGACUUCUUUGUCAAGCAUAAAGCCUGAUUCUCCAAAGGCCACAUCUCCUGCAUCCUUCCAAGAAAAAGCACACGCUUUAGUAAAUUCUCCCCACUUGUCUCUUGGAGUUAAUGGUACUGAAACUGGAGAAUCUUGUCAAAAGGCAGAGAAAGUUAUGGUUGAAGGCGGAGUUAAGCAAGUGAUGGAUGCUGAUACAGGUUUCGUAUUCAAAGAGAAUUUAAGUGAGUUGAAUAUGUUUAACAAUAUGGGGUCUGGGGAUAUUAAGACCGUUUCUGUCGAAGGGAGCAAUGCUUCAGUUUCAGUACUGGUUAACCAGGACCAUAUUGAGAAGAAUCCUCAUCUAAAUUCCGAUGGUAAUGACAAGGAAAAUGGUCAUGCCCCAAUUCGUGAACUUAUAAUCGAUACAUCAGAAUGCGCACUCUCUUUUCCUGCAAUUGUCUCUGAGUCUGCAGCCUGCAGAGCCCCUUUUGCUCCUAUGAAUUUUCCCCGUAGUAAUGACUGCAUUGAUAUGCCUAAAGAUUUGGCCGCCCAGGUUGUUGUUGCAGAUAAGACAGUUUUUGCAUUGCCAUCUCUUGAGCAGAAAGAGAAUAAUAGCUAAAUCAGCCAUCAAUUGGUUUCUUUUCGAGUCAUGGAUCUGGAGUUGAUAUUGUCAUCUGAUGCCUGGAAGAAGCAAACUGCAGAGCUAUCAAUUGAAACUUGUGUGUAUGUUUUACCAAAAGUGGGAUGUCUUGUGGAUUUGAGUACUUGAACAAGAUAAGUCAUUUUCGGAGUGAAGGCCGUCGACCGGAUGUUUGUUGCUAUUGUUAUUGCAUUAGUAAUGCUUGCAGGAAGAUGUAUGAUUGUAAACCAGGACUGUGUUUUAUUGGAACUGUAUUUUAAAAGUUGCACAUGGACUUUAUAAUUGUUCGUUCAGUAUAUAAAUUCUACUUUAUAGUAUUUUAUAAUUGAAACAUGUCUGCAAUUUUACGAUAGAUAAGUUACUAUUUGCUUGGUAGAUCGAUAAAUAUUAAUCUUACU